CUUGUUAAAUAUCUCGUCGGAGAAAGGGUUUUAGGCAGGGUUUAGACUCGCCGCCUCAAAAAAAUCUGUGCUCGGCGUGGGGAAAGCAGAGAUAAGCUCUGCCGGUCUCCAUGAUCAAAUGGCGCCACCAGACUAAGCAAUACAGAAGAUCAGCUUUUAUUUCAUUGCUGUAUUUGCAGAUUUAUUAAAACAAAGAAGCUCCCAAAAAAUGUGGAAAGCAGUGUUUCAGAAAUCUCCAGGAAGACUAAAAGCAAUUAAAGAAUACACAGUUAUAAAUAGGGAAUUUAGCGGAGCAUUUUUGGCAGAAGAAAGACCUAAUUUUGAUUAUAUAAUGGGGUUUGCUAAAAGCAUAGCGCAUUUACCAUGGGGUAGAGAGGGUUUUGGGGUUAGAAGAGUGGAUCCAGCGUGGCUGCGACUUGGAGUCAAGGGCGUUGCCAAUGCGGCAGCCGAGAUUAUAAUUAGCAGUGACGAGGCGGAGGAGAGAUAUACUAGUGAGGAGGAUCAUUUUAGUAGAAGUAAGUUUCGUUCUGGCCAUUUUUCAGAGGAGAAAAAGAAAUAUCUGGCUUUGAGAAGGAGGCAAGCUAAGACAGAGACGGAGGCUUGGAAAAAUGCUGUUCAGGAGUACAGGGAUCUUAUGCACGAUAUGUGUUCAAAGAAAUUAGCUCCUUCUUUGCCCUACAUGAAAAUGCUUUUCCUUGGCUGGUUCGAGCCCCUGCGCGAUGCCAUUGCCAAUGAACAGCAUGUUCUGCAGGAGAGCGAGAAAUUCGCAGCAAUCGAUGGAGCGGAGUUUCGAGAUUGUAUGCUUCAGCUACCACCAGAAAUGAUGGCUGUCAUUACAAUGCACAAGCUGGUUGGGAUACUGAUGACGUGCGGCGAAGGCAGCCGCAGCUCGGGCUACGCUGCACCUGGUGGCGGUGCGCGGCUUGUUAACACUGCUAUGCAUAUUGGCGAGGCAGUUGAGAAUGAGGUCAUGAUUCAUAAGUUUUUAGAAAAGACGAAGAAAAAACCCAAAAAAAGCAAAGCGGUUAAUGGAGAGGAACAAGAAAUUGUAACAAAGGAACAUGAAUUGCUUCGGAAACAAGUAACAAACAUGAUGAAAAUGCAGAAAGCACGACAAGUAACCUGGAUGUUAAAAAAGGAGGAGGAUUCACAACCUUGGGAUUCUACUAUGCAUGCCAAGGUGGGUAGUCGUUUGCUUGAGCUCCUGUUAAAAACAGCCUUCAUACAGCCUCCUACCGACCAGUCCACAGAAGGGCCACAAGAUAUUCGACCUGCAUUUAAACAUACAAUGAGGAGUGUUUUAAUGGGGAACACGAGGAGGAAUGUUGGUGUUAUAGAAUGUGACCCACUAGUGAGGAGGGGACUGGAAAAAACGGCAAGGCACGUGGUAAUGCCUUACAUGCCAAUGUUGGUUACACCUCGUCCUUGGAGAGGGUAUGAUAUGGGAGGCUAUAUAUUUUUGCCUUCGUCUGUUAUGCGUGUGCAUGGGGCAAAGCAACAAAGAGAAGCAAUCAAGAAUGUUCCAACUAAGCAGAUAAAAGAAGUGUACAAGGCAUUAAAUGUACUUGGGUUAACAAAAUGGAGAGUGAAUAUGAGAGUUCUUCAUGUCAUAGAUACAAUUUGGGCAGAAGGAGGUCGUCUUGCAGACUUGGUUGACCGUGAGGAUAUGCCCUUACCUGAGAAGCCAGAUACAGAAGAGGAAACUGAAAUCAAACGUUGGAAAUGGAAUUUAAAAAGGGCAAAGAAGACAAAUGUGGAAAGGCACUCUCGGCGCUGUGAUAUAGAAUUGAAACUUUCUGUGGCAAGAAACAUGAAGAACGAAGAAGGCUUUUACUAUCCACAUAAUUUAGAUUUUCGAGGUCGAGCUUAUCCAAUGCAUCCACAUUUAAAUCAUUUAGGUUCAGAUAUGUGUCGGGGAAUUUUAGAAUUUGCUGAGGGUCGACCAUUAGGCAAUAGAGGGAUUUACUGGCUAAAGGUACAUUUAGCGAACUUAUUCGGGGGUGGUGUAAACAAAUUAUCUUAUGAUGGACGACAAGCAUUUAUUGAAGACAACAUCGACAAUAUUAUUGACUCAGCAGAGAAGCCACUUGAAGGUAAACGUUGGUGGUUGGGAGCUGAAGAUCCCUUCCAGUGCCUUUCAGCUUGCAUGUAUCUUUCAGAUGCACUGAAGAGCUCUUGUCCAGAGAGUCUUGUUUGUCAUAUGCCUGUUCAUCAGGAUGGUUCAUGCAAUGGUUUACAACACUAUGCGGCCUUGGGAAGAGACAAGUUGGGUGCAGAGGCAGUUAAUCUGAUUAGUGGUGACAAGCCUGCCGAUGUAUAUAGCAGUAUUGCUGAAAGGGUGGAUGAAAUCAUGCGAAAGGAUGCUAUGGAAAAUCCUGCAAAAAACCGGAAUACAAUGAAUGCCAGGUUAUUACUUGGGCAGGUUGACAGAAAAUUAGUUAAGCAAACUGUUAUGACUUCGGUUUAUGGAGUGACAUUUGUUGGGGCUCGUAAUCAGAUCAGCAACAGGUUGAAAGAAAGAGGAUUUGCUGAUGAUACUGCACUCUACAAUGCAUGUAAUUAUGCUGCCAAAGUAACUCUUACUGCAUUGGGAGAUUUGUUUAAUGGUGCACGGAGUAUUAUGACUUGGUUGGGUGACUGUGCUAAGGUAAUCGCAUCUGAAAAUGAAACAGUAAGGUGGAUUACACCACUUGGGUUACCAGUUGUACAACCUUACAGAAAACCUGCAAGACAUCUUGUCAGGACAUCCCUUCAAACUCUGGUGGUACAGAAAGAGAGUGAUAAAGUGAUGAUCAAUCGGCAAAAAUCAGCUUUUCCCCCAAACUUUGUGCAUUCACUUGAUGGUUCUCAUAUGAUGAUGACAGCUAUUGCCUGCAAUGCAGCAGGCUUGACAUUUGCAGGAGUACAUGAUUCAUAUUGGACACAUGCAUGUGAUGUGGACAAAAUGAACCGAAUACUUAGGGAGAACUUUGUUGAAUUGUACAGUAAACCUAUACUUGAAGAUCUGCUGGAAAGUUUUGAGACCCGCUUUCCUAAUUUGGGCUUUCCUCCAUUACCAGAUCGAAGUGAUUUUGAUUUAAAUGAAGUCUUGAACUCGCCUUAUUUUUUCAAUUAAUUAAACAUGGCAGAGUUCGCUCUCUCUGCAUUCAGUCACUCAUUGACAUGGAGAUUUGCCUUGUAAUAUUGAUUUCUUUGAUGAUAUGUCAUCACUUUUUCUAAUGGUGGCAGACGGUUGUAAUUGUAACAACUUUCUUUGGGAUUACGACAGAGAAUAGUGGAGUAAUAAAUUUGUUGCCACUUCAUGCUAAAAGCAUAAAAUUCUCUGUCCAAAAGCAGGCUUCCUGUGGGUAACUUGUGCUCGAUUUCUAUUUUAGAGAGUAUUCUUAGGAGGUUGAAGCAGAUUUCAAAGAUUUAUUAUUAUAGCAGUCUUUCCAUUGCAGAGGCUUUUUUCUCUUGUAUAUUGAAGUUACCGAUGCAGUUGAUAUGACUGAUAUACAAGUGCCAAUAAUAGAGUAGAUUACAUUU